CCCCCUUCCAAGCGCGUACACGCCUGAGAGAGAGUGGAUGGAGGGGUAUUAGCUGGCGUGCACGCGCUCACGCAUAAGUCGCUGCUUUGCAUCCUCACCUGCAGUGGUCGUCCGGCGCGCGCCUUCCCGUACCCCGCGCGCACACGCACGCACGCGCGCGCAUGCACCUUGCAGCAACCGCGUCAGCGAGGCGUCGAGCGGCUCCGAGCCGGCAGAGGAGCACCGCGACGCGGCCACGGAGGCGGACGAGCAUGACGCUCGGCGGCCAUGUCUAAAAACACGGUGAAGAAGCUGCACUGGCGCUCCAAGGUGCAGGAGGGCUUCGUGCCGCUGGGCGGCAGCUCGGGGGAGCUGGGGCUGGCUAUCGGUGGCGGGGCCGACUACGGCGAGUUUCCCUUCGUGACGGUGGCUCCCGGGGGCGGCGCCACCGUGGCCGACAUCAUCCUGGAGAUCGGCGGCACGCCCGUGUUGGGGAUGACGCUGGGCGACGUGCGGGGGGUCCUCAACUCCUGUCCUCAUCCAAUCAGGAUCAAGACCGUCUCACCAGGUGCGUCGCUGUGCAAAGAUCUUCGCCUGUACCUCAGUAAGUGUUUCACUCCGUCCUCCAUGGACAGUCAGCUGCAGCAGCUCAUACGGGAGAACCUCUACCUGCGCGCCGUGCCCUGUACGACCCGGCAACCUCGCGAGGGGGAGAUCAGCGGCGUGGACUACAACUUUGUGUCCAUCGAGGAGUUCUUCUCCUUGGAGGAGUCGGGCGCCCUGCUAGAAAGUGGAAAGUUUAAAGGCAACUACUACGGGACGCCCCGCCCCGUCCACAUAGGUCCCGACAGUCCACCAAUCACGUAUCAGGAACAUCGAAACCUGCUUAGGAACUUCAGGACCAGAAGCAAAUCCCUCAGCAACCUGGAGAAAACCGUAGAGGAAGACAACAGCGAGGAAGACAGCGGCCUGUCCGGAGGGUCGGCCGGAGCCCCGCCCACCACGCUGCCACUCAGCCAAUCGUGGGAGACGACAGGGGCGACGGAGAACGGAGGACGGCGAGGAAGAGCGCCUACGGCCAACACCUGGGACGUGGCUUACGGCGACGGCGGGAACACCUUCUACCUCGAUCCCAUGUCAAAGAGCAGCAGACAGGAUGUUGGCGGUCAAAACCAGGAGACAACUUCCUGCUCAGAGCUUCCAGAGUUCACGGACGAGCCGAGUCAGCUGCGAGGCUUUUCCGUGCACACGCGACUCUCCAAGGGCCCGCGGGGCUUUGGCUUCAACAUCGUGGGGGGAAGUCGGGCGCAGGAGUUCCUGCAGGUCUACAGCGUCACGCCCGGAGGCCCGCCCAGUCUCAACCAAGCCGACAUCCUGGUGUACAUCAACGACACCUGCGUCCUGGGUCGCUCGCACAAGGAGGUGGUGGAGAUGCUCAAGUCGGUCCCCAUGGGUCAGAACGUGGACGUGGUUCUGAGGCGAGGGUACCCCAUGCUCUACAACCCGGACGGAUGCCCCAAACACAACCUGGACAUGCCGCAGACUCCUCCCCCCAAGCAAAAUCGCCGGCCGCUGACCUACAGCCACGUGGAGGACGCCGGAAGCUGCUGCUCAGGACUCCCCCAAGUGCCGCCUUCCUAUUCAACCCAGCCAAUGACCAAUGGGCUGACAGGCCCGCCCACUCCCACUUCCUUUGAACCCCCUGUGGCUCCUCCUACUCCCGCAGAGAGGAUGUCGGCCAAUCACAGCGACUCCGGCAGUAGCGCCCGAAGGUCUUCUGUGAUUGGCUACAACAGCAGCACCCUUCCCACCCUCUCCUCCACCUUCCUCCAGCGCCAGAGCUCCAAGUCUUCAGAGAGCGACUUGUCCACGUCCACCCUCCCAAUCACAUCCACAUCCUCCCAGGCGCUCUCCAAUUUCACUCAGCCAGAGACUCCGCCUCCCGGUGGCCCCGCCCCGCGGCCCAUGAUGCCGCAGACAUGCCUCCCCCCCACGUCGCCUCGGGAAAUCCCAUCCUGCGGUUUCAACGGGUGCCCGGCCAACCACCAAGUGCCGCCGCCGGCCCCCCGUGGGACCGCCUAUGCUGCAGGGUCGCCUCCCGCUGGCGAGCUGGUGCCCGUGGCGCUGGGACGCUGCAAUGGCGGGGGUCUGGGUUUCAGCAUCACGGCGGGUGGGCCGGGGGGUCAGCUGGCUGUGGUGAGACGGGUCUGGGACCGCAGGCAGUGUCCCUCGCUACAGGCCGGGGACGCGGUGGUCAAGAUCAACGGCGCCGAUGUGCAGAACCUCAGUUUCUCCCAGGUCCAAAAGGUUCUGCAGGAACACUCUAAAAAGGGGGACAUGGUUCUGCUGGUACACAGACGAGCUCCGGUGGUCACACCCAACUUGUAUAAGCCCCUCCCCUCGCCACAUGGCCUCACCAGCCCCAAAUCCCCGCCCUCAACUUCUACCGAUUUGCCUUCUCCUUCUUCCGGGGCCUUGGUGGGGGGCGUGCCCCCGCUCAGCCAGGCAGGCUUGGCCAUGGAGGCCCCCCAGGAAGGGCACCUCCCAGCCGCAGGGGCGGUCCCUACUCAGACCUCCAACGGCCCCCCCGUCUCAGGCCUCAUCCAAAGCACCAGCUUCCUGGACUCCGUUCCCGUCACCCUGACCCUUGAGCCCCGCGACCUGCAGGGGGCGGAGGAGAGUGCGGCGGGGCCCGUCAGAGGGGCGGCCGCCGCCAAGGACGCCAGGGUUGGCAGGACAGUGGAGGUGGAGCUUAGGCGGCGGCCCGGCGAAGGCUUUGGAUUCGUCAUCGCCUCCCAGGAAAUCAACCGGGGCGCGCCUCAAGCCUCAAUGAUGUCGCACCGCUUCGUGACGGUGAGACGCGGCAGUCCGGCCGCACGCAGCGGACUCAUCCAGCCGGGAGACCAGCUGGACGCGGUGGAGGGCCGCGCCGUGACGGGUCUCCAGCACAGAGACCUGGCCCAGAUCCUGAGGAGGGCGGGGAACGCGCUUCGGCUCAGCGUCACGGCACGAGCACAGACGGAGGCGGCAGACGUGGAUAUCGACAACCACUUUCCAAAGGGAUCCAGAGGGAAGUCAAAGGAGGAGUCGAGGUUUUACACCGUGGAUCUGGAGCGAGGACCCACGGGUUUCGGGUUCUCGCUGAGGGGCGGCAGCGAGUACAACAUGGGGCUGUACGUGCUGGGACUCAUGGAGGGAGGGCCGGCCGAGCGCAGCAACAAGAUGCAGGUGUCGGACCAGCUGGUGGAGAUCAACGGCAACAGCGCGGUGGGAAUGACGCACAGUCAGGCGGUAGAGCAGAUCCGGCGAGGAGGACAUGGCAUCCAUCUGGUCCUGAAGAAAGGGAACGGCUACGUCCCAGAUUACGGCCCUGAGGACGACGCCCCGGCCCACACCCCCUCACGAGAGGCUGUCACCAUGGCGACCACCCCCCACAGCACACACAGGGGAGGAGGAGGAGACAGGAGGAGGAGGAUGAAGACCAGAGGAAGCAAACCAAGAAGCAGAAGGGGAGGGCCUCCUGAUCUGGACCUGGACCUGGUGGAGGAGGAGGCCAAGGAGGAGGAGAAGAAGAAGAGGAUGAGAGAGAAGAGGAAGAUGAGAGAGGAGAGGAGGAGUGGCAAAAUGAGGGAGGAGGAGGGCGAUGCCGAGCAUUGUGGGAGCUCGGCUGCUCCUCAGCAAGCGGCCUUCUCCUUCCUGAUGCCGCUGGACGCCGCUCAAGACAGCCAAUCAGACGACAGCCAAUCAGGCACCGGCGUAGCGCAGGCUUCUGAUUGGACGGGAGCCGGGCUGAUGCAGGAAGAGGCUCCGGGCCCCUGGCUGGAGCCCGGCCCACGCAAACUCUCGCAGGUUCUGACUGGCCGUCGUCUCAGUGGGCGGGGCCUAGCGGGUGGACUCUCCCUCUGAUAGGAGGUUUGAUUUUUAUUUUUUUAUUUUUUUUUUAUUGUCAUUUUAAGGGCUUUUCUGGCCAAGACCCGCCUCUUCCUGCAUGUGAUUGGACGCUCCAUGGAGGUGGUGGGCGGGACAAGAGGCGUGGCCAAUGACACUUUUAAAUCGCAUAUGCAAAGAACUUGGCUGAACUUUGACCUCGACCCUUCCAAGCAUGUCAUUUUUAUUUAUUUUUUCUAAAAGGAAAUAACCUUGACAUAUGACCACUAUAGAGAAUAGAAACUACUUGCUUGCUUGUGAUGAAAAACCUUUAGAAGUUGAACUAGAGCCAUACACACGUCGCCACGGCGACCACUAUAGCAACAGCCAAGAUGGCCGACGUCCUGCAGCUAAGUGGUAACAAAGUGCCUCGUUGACUUCCCCAGCAAGAUGUCCGCCCCCCCAAACCCUCCACUUCCUGUCUCUUUUAUGGCCUGAUGAAACUUUCAAGAAAUGAUUAAACAUUUUAAUGCUUUUCUUCUGUCUUGUCUUGAGGAAAAUUAACUACAAGUCCCAUAAUGCACUGCAGUGAGGCCCCGCCCCCCCCUUUGCCAUACUUGAUGUCUUUGGUCACAGGCAGGAGGCGUGUCUCCGCAGUAGUGCGGGGUCCACCACGCUGUUCUCCAGGGGGAGGUCUGUAGAGAAGUCGGGGGGCGGAGCCUGCAUCCGCUGGUGGGGAUAGCCGCCGCCCCUCUGAGGGAUGGGCAGCUCCGAGUGGUGGGCGGGGAGAGGCGGGCUGAAGAAGUAGGCGUGGACCAGAGCCUGCGGGAGGAGGAGUCUCGUCAUUGGACGCCAAACGGAUGCUUCCUGUCUCUCACCUGGUGGGCGGGGCACCGCCGCUUUGAGGGAUAAACCAGGAACUUGUAGAGUAGGUGGACGGCCUCGGGGGAGGAGUCAGGGACGAGCUCCUCCAAUGGGAUGGCAGGAUUCUCUUUGAAGGCCAGGUUUCACGCGUGGGCGUCCCCAGCACCCUAAGGACACAACAUAACUGCUCGAUGUCAUUCUCCCCAGGAAACAGAGGAGACGAGUUCAGCAAUUCCCCAAAAAUACAACCUACUGCCCUGCAACACACACACACGCACACAAAUAUUAGGAUUGUUGUCAUGGCGUGGACAACGCGAGUAACAUUGUUGACAUAUUAGCAUUGUUGUCAUGUCGCGGACAACGCUAGUAGCAUUGUUGACUUGUCGUGAACAACGUUACUAGCAUUGUUAACUGUGGAGAGCCGGAGCCGACAGCGCGGUAGGGCAAACCGUGGUCCUACUCAAGAUGGCGGCUAGGAGGCGGAGUAUGCAGUGGAACGGAGAGGUGGGGCGUGUCUGGAGCAACGCUGCAGCAAUCAGAACCAGGUGCGUAACACACACACUGGCUCUCAAUGUGUGCAUCUGAUCCUGCUGUAUAAAAGGGGAGAAGGAGGAGCAAUCGGGGCAGAAGGAGUAGGAGAACCAUCAGAAGACCUGACGGGUAAAACCACCAAGAGCCACGGAGCGAUCAAGACCAGCACAGGAAAGACGCGGACGACUGAUAAGGAGACUGGCGCGAGCAGCGGAGGUGGAGCUGAAAGAGCGACCGACCGACACUGCGAGCA